AUGGCGCCCGCAGCUAUCAUUGACACACCCAUGACCUCCCUCGAUGAAGCCCACAGGCCUCCGCCAAACGUCGUCCUCCCGCCCAAGGACAUCCGCUCCAUCGUAGAGAAGACUGCCGGCUACGUCGCCCGCAACGGUCCUGCUUUCGAGGAGCGGAUCCGGGCCAAAGAACAGUCAAACCCCAAGUUCUGCUUUCUGAAUCCCAGCGAUGCCUACUCACCCUUCUACCUGUGGCGCCUGUCCGAGAUUCGAGAGGGACGUGGGACUGCUGUGUCGGCUGGAAGGGCAGAGGAGGCGGCGAGGGAGGAAGAGCAGCCACAAGGCCCAGAGGAGCCGCCAGAGUUCCAUUUCAGCGCGCGGAUGCCGAUGAUGAAUGCUCAGGAUCUCGAGGUGGUAAAGCUGACGGCGCUGUUCGUGGCGAAGAACGGACGGAGCUUCAUGACGGCCUUGUCGCAGAGGGAGACGGGGAACUACCAGUUCGACUUCCUUCGGCCGCAACACAGCAUGUACCAGUUUUUCAGCCGGUUGGUGGACCAGUACACUGAGCUCAUAAACGGUGGCUCGAUAGAUGGAGGCAGGCCGGAGAGAGAGCGGCUAGCACAGCUCGAGCGUAACGUUCACGACCGAUUCCAUAUGCUCGAACGGGCCAGGCGGCGCGCAGAGUGGGUAAAACACCAAGAGCAGCAGAAAGCCAAGCAUGAAGAGGAGGCCGAAGCCGAGAAGAUUGCAUACGCCCAGGUUGACUGGCAUGACUUCGUCGUCGUCGAGACGGUUGUUUUCAACGAAGCCGAUGACCAGACCGACCUUCCUCCGCCCACCUCGCUGAACGACCUACAGUCCGCCUCUCUGGAGCAGAAAGCCAUGAUGUCCCUGCAACCUCACAACAUGCGCAUCGAAGAAGCCAUGCCGACAGACGAACCUUCCUACUACGACCAAGUACCCCAACCCGUACAGAUGCCUGCACCACAGACGGCCUACGCACCGCCGCCGAUACAUCCGUCACGCAUGGACUACGUUAUGCAUCAAUCCGCCCAAGACGACGAAGAAGAGCGUCUUAUCCGCGAGCGGACCGAGGCAAGAGAAAGGGCGCAGCAAGCACAAGCAGCGGCGAAGGGCGGGACAGGCCCGAUGCGCAUCAGGAACGACUACGUGCCAAGAGCGCAGGCGAAGAGGCAGAACGUGUCUAUGGCGCUGUGUCCGAACUGCAACCAGCAGGUUCCAUAUGAUGAGUUGGAGCAGCAUAUGAAGGUCGAACUCCUCGAUCCCGAAUGGCGCAAACAAAAGGCCAAGUCCGAUGCCCGCUACGCCACAACCAACCUGUCGACCGCCGACGUGGCAAACAACCUGAAGCGGCUGGCGUCGCAGCGCAGCGACGUGUUUGAUGGUGUGACCGGGCUGCCAGUGAGUGAGGAAGAGGCGGCAAGGAGGAAGAAGGCAGCGACAAGCUACGAUGGCAACCCGCAGCCAGCGGAUACCCACAGGAUGCAGAGCUUGAACAUAGAGGAGCAGAUUAGGCAGAUCAAGGAGAAGUACGGCGGCCAGUGA